GCCGCGGGGCGAGUGACGGAGCAAGAUGGCGACACGGCAGCUGUUGGCGGGGCGGGCUGUGUGCUGCUGCUGCUGGCGGCGGGCGUACAGCAGCGCGGGCACUGCCGAGUUCCUGCACCGCAGCAUCGUGCCCACCAUGCACUACCAGAAGAGCCUGCCCAGACUGCCUGUUCCCAAACUAGAAGAUACAAUUAGGAGAUAUCUGAAUGCCCAGAAACCUCUUUUAAAUGAUGACCAGUUCAGGAAAACUGAAGAACUUGCUCAUCAGUUUGAAAAGGGAAUUGGAAGAGAGCUGCAUGAGCAACUAGUUGCUCAAGACAACCAGAACAAGCAUACAAGUUACAUCACAGGUCCCUGGUUUGAUAUGUACUUAAAAGCACGUGAACCUGUCGUUUUGAAUUUUAAUGCAUUUAUGUCUUUUAAUCCUGAUCCAAAAUCUGAAUAUAAUGAUCAGCUUAUACGAGCUACAAACAUGACUGUUUCUGCUAUUCGUUUUAUGAAGACCUUCAGGGCUGGUUAUCUUGAACCAGAAGUUUUUCACCUCGAUCCCAAAAAAAGUGACACUCAGCUCUUUAAGCAAAUUAUCCGAUUUGUGCCUUCUUCACUUUCUUGGUUUGGGGCCUAUAUGGUCAAUGCGUAUCCUCUAGAUAUGUCUCAGUAUUUCAGGCUUUUCAAUUCUACGCGGCUGCCUAAACUCAACAGAGAUGAGCUUUAUACAGAUGAAAAGGCAAAACAUCUACUGGUACUGAGAAAGGGGAAUUUUUAUGUAUUUGAUGUUAUCGAUAGAGAUGGAAAUAUGCUGAAACCUUCAGAAAUACAAGCACACUUGAAAUACAUCCUUAGUGAUAACAGUCCAGCCUCGGCCUUCCCUCUCGGCUACCUCUCCAGUGAAAACCGAGAUACAUGGGCAUCGCUGAGAAAAGAUCUACUGGAUAAUGGCAAUGAGGAAGCUCUUCGAAAAAUAGACUCUGCUGUGUUUUGUCUCAGUUUAGAUGAUUUUCCUAUUAAAGACUUUGUGCACUUGUCUCAUACCAUGUUGCACGGAGACGCUGCUAACCGCUGGUAUGACAAAUCCUUCAAUCUUAUCAUAGCUAAAGAUGGCACUGCAGGAAUUAAUUUUGAACAUUCCUGGGGCGAUGGUGUGGCUGUGCUCAGAUUCCAGAAUGAAGUCUUUAAAGAUAGUACCGAGGUACCAGCUGUGAGCCCUCAGUCCCAGCCUGCUUCAGUUGACUCUUCCACAGCAGUACAGAAACUUGACUUUAAGCUGAACGAUGCCUUAAAAGCAGGGAUUACCAAAGCAAAGCAGAAUUUUGAUGCCAGUGUAGAAGGACUGUCUCUUAAUAUGAUUCAGUUCCAUGGAGGGGGCAAGGAACUGCUAAAACAGAAGAAGGUAAGCCCGGAUGCUGUGGCUCAGCUCGCCUUCCAGAUGGCUUUCCUUCGGCAGUACAAUCAGACUGUUGCUACGUAUGAAUCCUGUAGUACUGCAGCUUUCAAACAUGGACGCACAGAGACUAUACGUCCUGCCUCUAUCCAUACAAAGAAAUGUUCGGAGGCUUUCGUCAAGGAACCGUCCAAGCAUAGCACAGAAGAGCUUCAGGAGUUGAUUGUGGAGUGCUCAAAGUACCAUGGCCGUCUGACAAAAGAAGCUGCUAUGGGUCAGGGAUUUGACCGACAUCUGUUCGGGUUGCGCUACUUGGCCUUAUCGAAAGAUAUUGCACUGCCUGAUUUCUAUCAAGACCAAGCCUAUGCUCGGCUUAAUUACAACAUCAUUUCCACAAGCACAUUGGUUAGUCCAGCUGUACAAUUAGGAGGAUUUGGCCCAGUGGUGCCUGAUGGCUUUGGAGUGGGAUAUCAAGUACAUGAUGACUGGAUAGGUUGCAACGUUUCCUCAUACCCAACUAGGAAUGGUAAAGAAUUCCUUCAGUGUGUACACAAGUCACUAGAAGAUAUUUUUAAUGUUUUAAAAGGCAAGAAGGUGGGUAGUUAGUUAAUAAAAGAGCUGGAACACUUCACAGUUGUGGUAGAAAAGACUUUUUCUAAUGGGCAGUACAUACCAACCAGUGUUGAAGAUGACAGACUACUAAGCUCAGUUAUCCUCAAAUUUAUCUUCUUGAUAAAACUUAAACACUAUGCAGCUUCAAUUUGAUUUUUUUUUUACAUUUAAAAAAUCAAGCAGACCCUGAGUACGUGUUUCAGGAAAUAAAAGCAUUCACAGCAUUGAAAUGAAGUAGUGGAACCAAAACAAACAGAUCAUUCAAACAGUGGAUGUGACACUGAUCAACGUGAUCAACUGAUCAAAUGGAUUGACGUGUCCUUAAAACAGGUUUAGAAUAAAAAAGCACUGUUAACAAAUUAAUGAACUCAGACAUCUUUGCUGUGAGUUUCAGUCAGUAGCACCUUUAAACUCUUUGACUUUAAAAUACUACAAGCAAUAAUGUCAAACCUGAAAGAGUGAUUACAUAGGCACUUUCAGUAAGCUUGCUUACAAAGUGGUCACACUUACUUUCCUCUUUAAACUUGAAUAAAUAUCAGAACUGGUUGUACCUCAACAGUUUGGAGCCUUUGCAAUGUAACAGCUUUUUGAGAAAUGAAAAAUGAAGCGAGAGGCUUUAACUAACCUGCCCUCACCACUGCACUGUUCAAUGACUGCAAAAAACUGUGAUGUAAUAAAGCUAUCUACGAGUACCUAUGAAGUUCUUUUAUUACCAGAUCAAAAUUGUACAGUAUGAGUAGUCCAUUUAUCAAUAGCUUGUGUUUCUUAUAAGGGUUAAAAAGAACAUGUUUGAAAGCG